AUGUCCGAUUAUGAACAAGAACCCAAAUUUGCUAAUUAUUUUUAUGAUGCUCAAAGUUCAGCCAACCAAGUUAACAGAAGACAUGAAAUAAUGAAACGAAAAUUGGAUCAUAAUAUGCUGACUGCACUUCAAAAUGUAUUGGAAAAAUAUAUGUUAAAUCUUGGCAAGGAUAUGAGACAAUAUAAUCAACCAACAAUUGAUGAAGUAGCAGUAACUAAUAUACCUGAUAAUAUAGAAGAAAGAGAUAUUAUGCUUACUGUGCAUGAUAAUAAACUUAUAAGAAUAUCAGAAUUGCAUGAUGCAUAUGAUCCAUUACAAUAUCCUUUAUUAUUUCCAUCUGAUGAUGAAUAUGGCUGGCAUGAUGGAAUAUUAACAGCAAAUGUUCAAGGAGUUGAAGAAAUGAAUCCCAAUCAGAAGUAA